UUUUAAUAACGUAGAUACGUUAACAGUGAUUUGACUAGUUUCCAGUGGAUAUGGCCGUUUUCAUGGUAAACAUCUGUAAAUUCAAUGGAUGUGGACUAACUUUUCCCAGUUUAGCAGAUCUCAUACAGCAUAUUGAGGACAUUCAUAUAGAUUAUGACCCUCGGGUCAUUGAACAGAAGGAGCUUCAACAACCCGCUUGUCUUCCACUUAGUUAUGUAUUGAGGUUCUUCACUGAUGCUGCUAGAAAAGAGGGACACGAUGCGAAGCGAAAACUUGCCCAAAAUCAAGGAACUAAAACCUCUACUCAUACUACUACUACACGGAGUAACACACCAACUGGUAGCGAGGCAGAUGAAGAUGAGUUGAUGAGUGAGUCUGAAGAUAGUAAUGAUUCUUGGACGACUUCAGAAGAGUUUAGUGCAGAAUUCAUAUUAAGAUAUGGGAGCAGUGUACCAGUAAAGAAAAUGCCUGUUUAUAAUUCUAAGAAACCCCAAAACCUUUGGAUGUUGAAUCCAUCAAACAAUAACAAUGUGGAUAAACCAUUUGCUUGUCCAGUUCCCGGUUGCAAAAAACGUUACAAGAAUCCUAAUGGAAUCAAAUAUCAUUCCAAGAAUGGUCAUAAGAAAGAUGGAAAGGUUCGCAAAGGCUUCAAGUGUCAUUGUGGAAAGAGCUACAAGACAUGUCAAGGGUUGAGGAACCACAAUGCAACUCAUCAUAAUGGGGCCAGUCUUACCACUCUUACCACACAGAAUGGAGAAGUCCUACAGAUACCAACCAGCCAUGUAGCAGCAUUGCAGCCUAUUCGUGCAAUUGCUCUUAAGCAGAUUUCUACUGCAAGUCUUGGUGCUGCCAUUGGUCUGCCUGUUAAAACUAUUCAAGGUCUUGUUGUGGCCACAAAACCAAGUGAGAAUGGCAACAUCAUGAAAGGUGACACAGGCACUGAAGGCAAUUUUGAUACAAUCACUUUUGCUAAAGGUUCCACCAUCCAGAUGACAGUCCCAACCUUAGUUCCACCCACAUCAAAGGGGAACACUGUUGCUGGAAUUGUUGUGAACAGUCCUGCAGGAAUAACCCAACCUGUUACAAUGGAACAACAGACAUUAACUACUACUCUAGGUGUGCUGACUCCUGCUACUUCGCCACAGACUCCCACUUCAGACUCUACCAAAUCCCAGAUCACAUCACUUACUUUAUCUCCUCCUACCUCUGCUGUCAGCAUACAGUUAGAAUUCCCUACUGGCACAGUGGGCUCAUCUAUAUCACCAACAGCUGGUACUCAAACAUUACUUACACCAAAUACUGAAACAACUGUUGCCACUCAAGCAUCUCCUCUGUAAGAGUUCACAACGUUACAAUAUAAGCAUAUUAUUUUUGCUCAGAUUCUUUGUCCAUAGCUCCAGGCAAAACUUUCAGUUUGGGUUGAGGUUUUCUUAGUAUAAGAUAGACAAUUAAAUGACUACACUGAUUUUCUAAAAAAAAAUAUUAUUGUUGUUGAUGCUUAGUGAGUUUGGUCACCUUCAAAGUACUUGUCUUCUGACUUUAUACACACAUUCCAGUGUCUGUCAUACCUGGAAACAUUGCUAGUCACUUUCACCUCUGUUGUCACAUGGCUCUAAAUGCCUUCUAAUUCAAUGGAAAUGUUUUAGGACAACGAAAAAGUCAUAUAGGUUCAAAUCAGUCAAGUACUGUGAAUGCUUCAACAUUGGUGUCAAUUCUUUACCCAAAAAUUGUGUGAGAAUGUGCAUGGUCAUAAUAUAAAAUCCACUUUUCCAGUCAUAUAUUCAGCCUUUUUUUUUUAUGAAUAUGCUGCUGUAAACCUUACAAAACUUGAAGGGAGAAUACUUAGUUGACUGUUUUGGAGGAAAGAAUUUGUAAUGGCUACUUCAAUGUGAAAAAGAUAUGAGCAUAGUUUCAACUUUUGAUUUUGGCAUGUACACUGCCUUUAGGCUUUGGACUUUUCCUAUUCAAGCAAAUUUAAUUUCUCAUGUUCUUGAUAAACAGAACUGCAAACAUAAAACCAACCUUGCUGCAACUGCAAAACAAACUGAAUUAUAGCAAUUGUUUAAAAAAACAAGCUUAAUUGUGCAGAGACAUUCCAAGCCAGCAGCAUUGCCGGUUUCAGCACAAAAAUAUCAGUCAAGUUAUUUAAUUGUCUGGCAUUAUGUUCAUGAAACAAGUGAAAGGCAGCCUGCAACUCUUUAAGGAAAAUAAAUGAAGAUAUAGCUAGUACAUAGUGGCCAAAGUUAAGCACCAUAGAUAAUAAUUACAAAGUCAGAUAUAUUUCUUAGUGUAAGGAACAUAUCUAUACUGACAUAUGAAGAAAAAAUUAACAGAUACUGCUAGAGUUUGUCAUCAUGCCAUGGUUAAAUAUAAUUAUUUGUAACAUUCCUCAGUAGAACUACAAAGAAAUGUGAAUCUCAUAAAAAUUGGAAUCAGAAAUACCUGUAGUAGGUCCUGAAUAUACGGAACUCCAAACACCUGAGAAAUGUCACAGUGCAGGAGCAAAUUAUAACUUAUAUGAAAAGUGAUACAAACUUAAACAACUGGUUAUAGUUUUGGAAUGAAAUGUUACUACAGCCAAAAUAAUGCAAAUACUUGGAAAAACAAGCAGAAUAUAAAAGUUAUUGUAACAGGGUCUCAGUGGUACUUUGUUGAAUUUACCAGUUUGGAUAAAAAUUCUAAUCCCUCCUUUGCAAAAAUUUGAAUUGUCCACAUCUUUAUUCUGAUAUAUGCUUAUAAUUCUCAGUCCUCCUGUUACUCAUAUUUUACCUGUUUGCUUUUCAUUUACAAAUACUACAAAAAUUGUAUUUAUUAUUCUGUGGUGCCUUACUUAUGUCAUGCUUGUAUAAUGACUUUAGUUAAAGUUUCUGUCCCCCUAAUUUUAACUGUUAUACCAGGGUAUUAUACAUGAGUGCCAAAUGUGUUAUCCAAGCAUUGAAUUUUACAGCUACGAGUACAUAUGUAUUGCUAAGUUUUGUCAUGAUACAAGCAGAAUACAAAAAUGUCCAAUGGAAAUGUGGAAUGAAAUAAGUGAAAGGAAAUGAGAGAAUUUACCAGAAUAAGGAGAUGACAUGAUUAUCAUGUGUAUCUCUGCCUAUACAUGUAUUCAUUGCAUUCUGCUCAGCAGAGUGUAGUUCAAUCUGAAAACAGGAAGAACUGUACCUUCUUUUGUUCCAUCUAACAUUCUCAGGCAAGGUUUGUUAUUUUUGGUCUAUCAUUGCAUUUAAAUCAUCAUAUGGACAGUUUUUCUUGCUAUCCCAUACACAUAUGUUAGUAGUUAU